AGGACUACCACGCGAACCUUACCACAUGCAACGUACGCCCGAGCUAAUUCCUGCUUACCUCGUGUGGCAUUCUGAGAAUGGUACCGAGUUCAAGUGGAAAGCUCACCAGACUUUGCUUCGAAAGUGUUGUGGACAGAUGAAGCGGCAGGUCUGUGCAUCGAACGGGGAUGACGACAUUUCGAACCUUUCUUGUAAAACUCGCCGACGUGCCGCCGACUCGGAUUGUUCCAAUCGGCCGCCGACUCCUUUUGACGUUGCCGCCAAAGCCGCCGCCCGCUCGAAUUUCGUACCUAUCGCGGCCGUGCGAGCGUCACGAGUACCAGGCGACCAGGACGCGCUAGGAGAUUUGUGUAGUGCCAAUAUUUGAGUGGAUUAAGAACAGUGACCUCAAUAGUGCUGUGCCGUGUUUUUUACAUGCUGGAAAUAUUAAAAUAUUUUUUUAACUGAAAUUUAAAAAAAUAUCAAAAGUGUUUUUUUUUAAUUGAAAUUUUGCAGAUAAGAUCUACAUAAGGUAUAGUUUUGUCCCC